AUGGUGCGUAACGUGGACGACCUGGACUUCUGCCUGGCCUCCCACCCCCAGAGCAUCCUGGAGGGGCUGCGCUCCCUCUGCUGCAACCCCAAACUAGUGGACGUGACCCUGGCCGCGGGCGGCCGCGACUUCCCCUGCCACCGGGCCGUCCUGGCUCUCUGCAGCGUCUACUUCCACUCCAUGUUCUCCGGGGAUUUUGUGGAGAGCAUCGCGGCCCGGGUGGAGCUGCACGGCGUGGACCCUGACAUCAUGGCUUCCCUUCUAGACUUCUGCUACACAGGGAAACUCACCAUCAACCAGGGGAACGUGGAGGGCCUGAUACGCACGUCCAGCCAGCUACAGUUCCAGGCGGUCCGGACCGUGUGCAGCCGUUAUCUCCAGCACCAGAUUGAUGCCACCAACUGCCUGGGCAUCCUGGCGUUCGGGGAGGUCCACGGCUGUCCCGAGGUGGUAGCAAAGGCCUGGGCAUUCCUCCUGGAGAACUUCGAGGCCGUGCAGCGCUGGGAGGAGUUCCCUCUGCUGGAGAAGGAGAGGUUAGUGGCGUGUCUGUCCAACGAGAGGCUGCAGACCAGGACAGAGUGUACCCGUGUGGAGGCAGCACUGGCCUGGGUGAGGCAAAAAGGGUCCGGUCCCCACCCCAGCUGUCUUGGGGCAACCACGGGGUCUCCUUGA